GGCAAUACCACCAGCUGGGACCCUAAGGCUGCGGCCCUGACACUGACGCGACGACAGCAGCAGCAGCAGCAGCAGCGCUCAGCGGGCACGCGCCCUUUCCUCAACUUCUGUCGUCGCAGCCACGCUAGCUAUCCUUCCUGGCACUUCCUGGCUCCUAACUAAACACCCCAACAAAGCGCCUUUCUAUUUCUCUUCGCCAAGGCUUUAAAUCACCGACCAUGUCGUUCUACGCGCAGCAGCUCGUCACCAGCCCCAACUCGCCGCUGCACCUCAUUUGGCUGGCCUCGCACCAGCCGCCCGUGCGGGCAGGCGGCGGCGGCGGCGGCAGGGCUCUGUCGCGGGCCGACGUCGUCAAGACCAGCGUGCGGAAAAAGGUGGACGAGAUUCAGGCCCUCGUGGAGCGGAGCUCGCUGGCGCUGCGGCUGAGUGGGCAGCUGCUGCUGGGCGCAACGCACAUACACGCCAGCCAGAUGUCGUACCUGCUUCAGGACUGUGAGGGAGUGCUGUACAAGAGCAUCCAGGCCCUCAGCCCGCACGUGCUAGCGGCGGCGCUGGCGGCAGCAGCAGCGCCGGGCGAGGAUGCCCAGCCGGGCGCCGGCCGCGGUCGCCGUGGCCGGGGCGGCCGCGGUCGCGGCCGGGGACGGAGGGGCGCGGGAGGCGUGGAUCUGGAACCGGGGUAUGACGAGGCGGAUCCAGCGGACAUCACGCUGCCGUCGCCUGGAUCCGGGAAUCUGGCGGAUCUGGAUUUCAUGAUGGAUCUCGAGGACGACCUUGCGGAGCAGGAGCUGCGCGUGUUGCAGAUCGAUGGUUUGGGUACGGCGGCGGCGGCGGCGGCGGGGGUUGGCGGCGGCGGCGCAAGGGAUGGGGAGGCCGCGGCGGCGGCGGGCGGCCGGCGGAAGAAGCGGUCGCGCCUCGAGGGGCAGGCGGCGGCGGAGCAGGGACAGGGGGCGGAGGGUGCGGCGGCGGCGGCGGCCGGCGGGGACGCAGACGAGUCUCUGGCGCGGCUGCUGACUGCCGCCACUGCUGGCGCCGGCGGCGCCGCCGGUGCCGGUACGGCAGGUACGACAGCUGUACCGCCGCUGCGGCCGUACGACCCGUACGAUCCGUACAACAUGGAUGAGGAGCUGAUGCGGGUUCCGUCCGACAUCUUGUUGGACGAGCUCUUUGCGGUGGAGCCGGCGGCGGCGCCAGCGGCGGACGAGGCGGGGACCGCGGCGGCGGCGGCGGCGGCGGCGGCGGCGCUAGCGGCAGCUGAGGGAGCUGAGCAGCAGCAGGAGGGGGAGUACAGCCGCGAUCUGGUGGCGCCGGGGUUCGGCGCCUCGCCGCCGGAGGCGCUCGGGCCGCUCGCGGCUACUGCCGCUGCGGCUGCCGCUGCUGCUACUGCCGCUGCUACGGCGUCCGCGGGCCUGCUGACGCUGCCAGCCGCUAUGCUCAUCUCGCCAGGACGGCCGGCGCUGCCGCCGCCGCCACUGCCGCAACCAGGGCGGCGCGGCGCAUCCGCUACUGCUGCUACUGCCGGCAUCAGCGGCGGCCAGCAGGGAUACGCUGAGGCUGAGCCUGGCGCCGCGGAUGGGGGCCUGGCGACGCCAGCUCAUUCUUGGAGUGCGGGCGCCGUGGCGGGUGGCGGCGGCGGCGGCGGUGCCGCCAGCGGCAGUGACGUGCACGUGCGCACCGCAGGGGCAGCGGAGUCCGCACCAGGUGCACCGCCCGCGCCGCAGCGGCAGCAGCAGGUGUCGGCAGGUGCCGCGGGUGCGGCUGCGUCCGUGGGGCUGCAGCGGCGGCUGUUUGAGGAGCACAAGGGCGCGGCGACUUCAGCAGAGGGUGCAGAGGAAGCCACAGCGGGCGCGGCGGUGGCGGAGGCGGCAGAGGCGGCGGAGGCGGCAGCGGGGCUGGAAGGGCAGGAGGAGGGGGCGGAGCAGGAGCGGCCGCUCGCGCCGCCGCCCUCGCCGGCUGCAGGAGAGGAUGAAGAUCAGGAGGCUGCCGUGCGCCGUGAGCGCCGGCGGCAGGCGGUGGCAGCCAAGCGCCGCAGGGUCACCUUGGACCAGAGCCGCUACGACGCCAACAAGGCGCACACCAUCCUCUCGCGUGACGACAUCAAGCGCUUGGUGGACGACCGCUCCCCGCUAUUGCGCCGCCCGCCGCCCUCCACAGCGGCUGUAGCAGCUGCUGCCGACAGCUACAGCCUCGGUGGCAGUAGCGGGGUCGGCGGCGACGUGGGGGCUGCUGCGCGCAGCAGCCGCGACAGCAUCAUUUACCGCAGAGCUGCACGGCGGCUGCUGGCGGCGGUGGGCGGCAGCGCUGCCGCGGCUUCCUUCCUGUCGGGGGCCGGGGCCGUGCUGGCGGGUCUGCUUCACGGGGCGGCGGUGUCAGGCACGGGUGACUAUGUGGGGGUGCCGAGCGUUCUGGCGGCGGCGGCAGCGGCAGGCGCUUAUGACAGCCACCCACACGGGCACGAGCGCGAGCAACACGAGCACCCGUCGCGGCAGCAUCGGCGUCACAUUGGGUCGCCCAGCGGUGGCGUGGAGGCCGUGUGGGAGGUCCUGGCGACUGCCCCGGCCUUCGUGUUCGGCCUGCCGCCGGACUCGCCGCUGCGCCGGCUGUUCCAGCGCGCGGCAGCGGGCAGCCACACGGGCGGUGGCGGCGGUGGCGGCGGUGGAGCACUCGGGGGCGCCGCGGAGGAGCAGGAGGAGGAGGAGGCGGGACGCGACCGCCGGCGGCGGCAGAAGGCGUCGUCGCGCCAGAUGCAGUGGCAGGAAGUGCCCAGGGCUGGCGGGGGCACUGCUGCGGCGGAGCCGGCGGCAGCUGCAAUUGGUGAGGAGGGAGCCAAGGCCGCCGCCGCCAACUCCGCAGCAGGUGCCGCCGCCGCCACUCAGUCGCGCGACACGGCCGCCACCCGCGCCGCCGGCGCCGUCGGCGCCGCCGGCGCUGUCAUGCCCGCUGGCGGCGGCGGCCCUGCUGGCAGCAGCAGCCUGCUUGCGCAGCUGGCGCCUGCGGGCCCCGUGGAAGCGGCGACUGGCGACGCAAUGGAUCUGGAAAUUCGUGAUUCUGACACCGGUGACGUCGCCGGCCCGAUGCCCGCCGCGGAGCGGCAGCGGCAGCAGCGCAGUGGCGGCACCAGCGGCACGGGCGCCAGCGGGGGCGCCGCCGGCGCGGGCUACAGGAGUGGGCUCGGUGGCAACGCUUCCACAGCGGGCGCGGGAGGACAGGCGGCAGCGGCAGCGGCGGAGGCCGAGGCCGAGGCCGAGGCUGAGGCUGAGGCUGAGGAGCUUGACAGGUUUGAGCUGUGCACCACGACAAGCGAGACCACAACGGCUGGCGGGGCGACGGGCGUGGCGGCUGGAGCAGACGAGGAGGGCGGCGUGGAGCAGCGGGCGCCCGGCGGCACGGGUGGCGGGGCCGGCUCUGUCGCCCGCGGCGCCGCGGGCAUGGGCCACGCGGGGUUCGGGGAGGCGGCGGAUGGCGGCGUGGAUGGCAGCUUCGGAGGCGGUGGAGGCGGCGGCGCCGGCGGCCUGGCGGCGGGGGCCUGGCGGGCUAGGCAUCUGCUGCAAGAGCUGAGGGCCGCGUUCAGCAGGGGUAACGCUGCCGGUGACGCGGCGGCUGCGGAUGUGGAGGCACCUGGAAUGGAGGCCGCUGCUGCUGCUGCUGAUAUGGAGGGUGGCGCUGAGACGACGACCGCAGGUGCCGAGGCGCCGCCGCCACCGAAGCGGCAGUUAGCGCAGCAGGUGUCGGUGGCGGCGAUGUUGGGUGGGGAGCGGCGGCGGCUGGCGGCGUCUCGGCUGUUCUCAGAGCUGCUGGUGCUGCACACGCGCGGCCUCGUGAGAAUCGUGUCGUGCGAUGAGAUGGAGCCAGCACCAAAGCGGAGUGCAGUGGCGGCCGGUGGCGGCGGCAGCGGCGGCGGCGGCGGCGUUGCGGAGGCGGAAGGCGGUGAUGCAGCAGGCGGCAGUAGUGUGCCGCCACUGGUGGUGCGGCCCACGACGAAGCUGUUUGCACCGGCGGUGUAGUUGGUUGGAUGCGAUGGGGCAUGGCAAGCAAGGGGCAGGUUGCCGUAGUCGCGGGGCUGCUUUAACUGUAGGUGGAUGCUGCUCCCGAUUGACACAUGCAAACCUCUGACGGUUGUGUGUUGAAUUCCCAGGGACUUUGCCAUCACACAUACGGUACACGCAUUAAGAAUGCAAUAGGGGAGUCGCGAGGGGCUGCAGAACUGCAGAUGCCAGUGAGAGCGAUAGAUGGCCUGGGUGGCCUGUCGCUGACAGUCCAGGGGCUCUGUCAGUCCGCUGGUGGGGACCUACUGACCUAGUAUAA